GCCGCGCCCUCCGCCGCACUUGUCCCACUGCGCGCCCCCUGGAGCGCCGCGCACCCCUGGGACCCUUGCGCGCCCCGGGUGCCCAGCAUAACCCGAGAUCCCUCGCUUACCCCGGGACCUCGGGACUGCCCCAGGAGCCCCGCGAACCCCUGGACCCUGACGCGGCUCCCGGACCGCCACGCGCUCCAGGACCCCUGCGCGCUCGCAGAAUUCCGGGGCUUGGCCAACCCGGCUGCGCGCCCUGGUGAGGGGCCCCGCCCCAGAGGAUCCCCCUCUUCCAACAGACGGAGCCCCGCCCCAGAGGGACCCCCAGGUCCGACAGGGACAUCCAGCCACGCCCCAGCGGGCUCCCAGCAUCUCGCGCCUGGAGCCCUGUGCUCCAGAAGAGCCUCGGUGCCCAGCUGGGGGCUCCCGCCCUGCUGAGGGGGCGCUGCCCAGGAGGGUCCCCCGCAUCCCGCGGGCCCGGGCAGGAUGCACGCCGCCCUGGCGGGGCCGCUGCUUGCCGCCCUCCUCGCCACCGCCCGCGCCCGCCCGCAACCCCCUGACGGAGGACAGUGCCGGCCGCCCGGAUCGCAGAGGGACCUGAACUCCUUCCUGUGGACUAUUCGGCGCCAUCCCCCAGCCUACUUGUUUGGCACCAUCCACGUUCCAUACACCCGAGUCUGGGACUUCAUCCCUGAUAAUUCCAAAGCAGCCUUCCAGGCCAGCACCCGUGUCUACUUUGAGCUGGAUCUGACAGAUCCCUACACCAUCUCAGCCCUGGCCAGCUGCCAGCUGCUGCCCCACGGGGAGAACUUGCAGGAUGUGCUGCCAAGGGAGCUCUACUGGCGCCUGAAGCGCCACCUGGACUACGUGAAGCUGAUGAUGCCCUCAUGGAUGACACCAGCUCAGCGCGGCAAAGGGUUGUAUGCUGACUACCUGUUCAAUGCCAUUGCUGGCAACUGGGAGCGCAAGAGGCCAGUGUGGGUGAUGCUCAUGGUGAACUCACUCACGGAGACAGAUGUGCGCUCCCGAGGUGUGCCUGUGCUGGACCUCUACCUGGCCCAGCAGGCCGAGAAGAUGAGGAAGAGCACUGGGGCUGUGGAGCGGGUUGAGGAGCAAUGCCAUCCUCUCAAUGGUCUCAACUUCUCCCAGGUGCUGUUUGCCCUGAACCAGACUCUGCUGCAGCAUGAAAGUGUGCGGGCUGGGAGCCUGCAGGCACCCUACACCACAGAGGACCUCAUCAAACACUACAACUGUGGGGACCUCAAUGCAGUCAUCUUCAACCAUGACACAUCCCAGCUACCCAAUUUCAUCAACACCACCCUGCCGCCUCAUGAGCAGGUGACAGCCCAGGAGAUUGACAGCUACUUCCGCCAGGAGCUCAUCUACAAGAGGAAUGAGCGUAUGGGGAAGAGAGUCAUGGCGCUGCUGCGGGAGAAUCAGGACAAGAUCUGCUUCUUUGCCUUCGGAGCAGGUCACUUUCUGGGGAACAACACUGUCAUCGAUGUCCUAAGACAGGCAGGGCUGGAGGUGGACCACACACCUGCUGGGCAAGCCAUCCACAGUCCUGCUGCUGGGAGCCCAGCUCCCUCUCCGGAGGGCACCUCUGCUGCCAGUCCAGCCCCGGCAACCCCAGCUGCUGCAGUCCCAGAAGCAACCUCAGCAACCCCCACCAGCCCUCCUGAGGAGGAAGAUCCAGUCCUGUCCCCACACCUCCUGCUCCCCGACAGCCUUAGCCAGCUGGAGGAGUUCGGGCGGCAAAAGUGGCGCAAGAGGCUGAACAAACACCAGCGGCCGAGGCAGUUCAACGACCUCUGGGUCCGCAUCGAGGACAGCACCACUGUCUCGCCGCCCCCGCUGCCCCUCCAGCCUACUCCCAGCUCCGGGACGACCAAGCCCUUUGUCAAGCCCUCACACCAACUCCGGCAGCAGGACAUUGCGGGGCCUACCAGCGACUCAGCACCUACACUGGGCCUCCCCCCUGCCAUCGCUGCCACCAUCGUCGCCCCCUUCCUGCUACACACCCUUGGGCCAUCCUGACCUUGACCACCCUUGCAGAGAAGCCAGAGAAGCCACAGGAGUCUGUGACCACGCCCGCCAUCUGACACCGCCUCAGAGGGUGCUGACACCUCAAGGCAGUUCACACAGGACAGGGACCUUAAAAACACUAGAGCUUUAUUGUAUCCAAAUUACAUCUUCUUUUUUGUAGAAGGUCUUAAUUUCCCAUAGUGCUAUGGGGCUCUUUUGUAAAAUAUGUGUCCAUAUUAAAAGAGAAAAUGUAUUUAUUCUAUUGAUAAAAACUAUUUUUAUGUAGCCUAUGUUAUAGUCCCUGAGUUAGCCCCAACAGCAACCCAGGGAAGGAGCCCAGGUUCCCGUGACCUCUGUGACCUGUGUGGACUGUGGCUUUGAAUUGGCCCCACGCCUCCUAGUCAGGCUUGGCUUCUCCCACUCUAGGUACCUCUGAGGGCAGGCAGAAAGGCAGCCCCAGCUCUUGUGAAGCUGAAUUUCAUAGCCAGAGGCGUGGUGGCCAACCAUCCUCCCCAUCCCUGGAUGUGUGCAGGCCCUGGAGGGACAGUUUUUAAAAAAAAGAAUGCUGCUAUUUUGAAGUCCUGAGUGUCCGUGGACUGGCCCUCUGGAGCUCAUGGUGAGGUUUUCCAUCAAAGUAGGAGAUUGGUGCUGAGGCAGGUGAACCCAGUCCCGUGGUCAGAUAGCUAUACUGAGACCCAAAAGUGAAUGGGGUUUACCCAAAGACACAAAGCAAGUGGGUAAUCUAUGUUCCAGUGGUACUGGUCCAGCUUCCAUUUAAGAGAGGCUGGUAAAACCAUAGCUGCAUGAAGGGAGCUGGGCAGAAGGACAGGAGUGGGCACAGGGCAGUUUUAGGGGUGAUGGAGUUCAGGAGCCACCGAUUAUUGUAAUCACGAUGGUAAAGAGGGCCAUGGGCCAGAAGCCUGCCGCAGGGUAGGUUCUUUGCAUUCUCCCUUCUUCAUAGAUCCUCAGACUAGUGCUGUGAGAUAUGAUGACCCCCAUUUCAAUGAUGACACUGAACCCCCAAAAGAAGGUGAAGGAUCCACCCAAGGUUUACUCCCUCGCCCCAGAUCAGUGUGAUAGAAAAACUAUCCUUGUCUCAUGGACUGUGUUCUGCCCCUAUUCCUGUCUGGAGAAGUGCCAGGGGAGGCAGAUCUCCCAAACUGGAACCCUCCCAGGCUUCCCAUGGCAGGCAAGGAGGCUGUUUCACCAGCUCCCUCUGCUGGUUCCUGCAGCCAGGGGGUUCCAGCAGGAUGGUAGUGGGCAGGCAGGGAGUUGACUGGGGACAUGGUAGGCCAAUGUGGGCUGAAUUUCAGCCCAUGGCUCAAAGCUGGCCUUGUGGCUCAUUCAUUGUUUAAGGAGUCCUGGAUCCUGACAGCAGGAAAGACCCCUCACCUGUCAAUAACAGUAAGAGUAAUACUAAGGUCCAGAAAGAGAAGACACUUCUCCAAGGUGGCAUAGCUGGGCCAGGCAUGUUGACUCCAGUCCUGUUCUCUCACCUCACUGCACAUGGGUUUCCCUGGCAGGCUUGAUGGGCGCCUGGUUGGCUGCAUCAUUGCCAUUCUAAGGUUGGCAGACUUCUCCCUUCUGAGAUGCAGGAUUCUGGACGACUCAUUGGAUAGUCAGGGGUCCCACAGGCAUCCUGGCAGGCGGCAGAAUUCUUUCCAGCUCUGCCCCAGUGGACAGGUUUUAGCCUGAGACCUGGCAAGAUUCUGGAACUCUGCUUCACAGGGUCCCGCCAGCCCCAUGGGCACCACACUGUAAACUGAACUUGACCUCAACCAGGACUGGAGUCAGUUUAUCCUUGGCAAAAAAAUGUGACUUCCUAUUGCUGAGCGAGAAGGGGCUUAGCUGACUUUUAAAGCAGGCUCAGAAGUUAGACAUCAAACGGAUCGUGCAGAGCGCUAUUGGGAUGAGAUAAGUGUAAAGGAAUUGGAAACACACAGGCCAGAUUCCCCUGUUUGGGGCAGAGUAUGGCAUGAGAUGUAUGGAGAUCAAGCUUGAGGUUAAUUAAAGAUGAAGCAUUUGGGGAAACAGUCCAGGCACCUGACUGUGUGCCCAGACCUGUGCCAGGCGUGGGGCCAAAAUGGUGAAUUAAUGCAGCAUGUAAUCACUGUGAAAGCACAGUGCCAGGGUUACACAUACAGGCUGAAUUAUACCUACCCUCCUGGGCCCAGAAGAGUUCACCUUCAAGAUGGGACUAGUGGGGCCAUCCUGGGCUACUGCUGUCCCAGCCCCAAUGUCAGGCCACUGUCUUUCCAGAUCCCUUAAGGAAGACUAGAAGUGAAGGAGGUGUUCCAAACUCUCUUCCUCAGCCCCACUUUAAAGUUUUUAAAGAAAGAUAAUGUGCCAUGCUUAGAAGCACAUGUCUGUAAUGACUCUUCUUGGGAGGCUGAGGCAAGAGCAUCGUAAGUUUGAGCCAGCCUGGGAUACAUAGUGAGUUCUAAAAAUGCUUGAGCAUAUAACCAGACCCUAUAUA